UCAGAUCCGGUGAAAUCACAUGAAAGUUUUUAGAAAAUUUAGGCAUUUAAUUUACUUUCUAACAUCAUUUUUGAGAACCAUGCCAAACCGGUAACUGAAACAAUACUUGGUUAUACUAGGAAAUGGUUAGAAGUAUUCAAUUACGUCACCAUAUUUCAUGCAGAAUGAGACACAAAAGACAUAAUAUGGAUGAUACGUCAACAAAUAAUAAUGCCGAAUUUAUUAUUAACAAUGUCGAUUGCAAGAUAUCAAUAGUCCACUAAACAUACGGCACUGAAAGGAUAGCUACCAAAUCACAAUGUUUCAGAGCAGGAAACAAGAGGUAGAUAUUGUAUCUGAACUGGCGGUUCUUCUAAGGAGAAGUGGGGAUAAGAUUUUAAGUGGUGAGAGCAAACUUACCUUAACAACGCAAUCCCUAUCCCGCCUCUAUGUGUCAUUCCGGCGAUACAGCGAGACUAGUCAUCAAGGGGAGAUAACAAAUGACAGACGAAGAGGCAGAGACAGAAAACAGGAAGAAGAGCACCAGAGGUGGAGAACCAAUGUCCAGUUCCUCAAUGAUUUCAUCUCAAAGACUGUUUCUCUCAAGUUGACCCAUGGAGUACAGACAAUGCAGGAACCGGUUUACCUGUCACGCUUUAGAAACAUAGAGGUUUUGGAGCUGAAAAAAAUUCCUGUGCACAUGUUGCAUGGACUGCAGAAGCUUCGAGGCCAGCUCAAGGUCCUUAUUGUAGCCAGAUGUCUUCAGAAUCUCGAGGAUUUACUGGAGACAUGUGGAGGUGAUCAGAGUGCCCCCCUAUCCUGGCCCCAAUUAACCAGUCUGUAUGUCAGCUGUAAUGGCCUUCCAAGACUAGACAACUCUUUGAGGUUACUGUCAGCCAUAGAAGUCAUAGACCUCAGUCAUAACCAGCUCUACAAGACAGAAGGCUUUCUUGAGACUUUAUCAGAAAUCAUCCGAGUGAAUCUAGGCUAUAACUGCAUAGACAGUCUUCCUUCAUUUGCCAACUCAGCAAAACUAAAGAUAAAGACACUCAUCCUGAGAAACAAUAACCUAGAUAACUUAGAAGGUGCAGAGGAUUUGAUUUUUUUAGAGGAGUUAGAUGUUUCCUCCAACUGUCUAGUCGACCAUUCUUGCCUCACUGUACUCUCUGGACUAAGCAAACUUAACCGGCUUAGUCUCAAGGGUAAUCCCUUGUCUUUCCACAGAAGUCAUAGAGCAUUAACCCUACAACAUGUAACAGACACUGCUGCCAGGAACAAGUUUACCCUGGAUGGUAAAGAUAUAAGUCCCACAGAAAGAUUGCUUACACAGAGGAGAGUGAUGCCAGCCUCACGCCGUCCCUCCCAAGAGGCUCAUUCUAUUAUCUCGGGGAUGGACAGGCCAUCAACUAGUUUGAGGAUACAGCAGACGUACAGGUUUGACGACUCAGACAGCAUUGCUACUUCACUAAAGAUUGGCUCACCUAUUCGGCGCAAAGCUGGACGUAGACGGUCCAAACCAAAAAAUCGUCUCUCUAGUGAUGAAAGAUUUAUUGAUGUUUCCACAACUGAUGGAGAUUCUUCACAGGAAAACUCAAGAUCGGGGUCACCAGUGCGGGUGAUUGAGGGAAGAUCCAGUAUCAGAGAUGAGGUGGAGGUGCUACGGGAUCAUUAUGGGGUCAACUGGCUGCAAGUCAUCAAUGCAAACAAAGACGCUGCCAUGAAAAGCAAGCAGAGUGGAAUCAAAGUUCACACCGUGGAGCCGAGGAAACGACAGGUCAAGAUUGGCAGGAAAUCUGAACCAGUUGAUGUUGACAAGAAAUCAGAAUCAGUUCAUGCUGAGAUCACUGACAGGAACGCUGAACUAGUGGUUAAAACAGAGGAUGAUAUUUAUCUCAAUGAUAGUACUGCAGGUCUCCCUGACAACAUCCCAGAUGGAGCCAGUAGUCAUCACAGUGAUCUUGAGGGGGAUGAUGACAUUGAGGUUUUGACCUCUGAAAAUGAAGAUAGCCAAACAACUGUGCUACAGAGAGAGAUAUCGUCAGGAGAGAUUUAUAGCAAGGUGAUCGACAGUCCUUCUGAGGAGAGGACAACACUUGUAACGCGACAGAACAGUUCCCACGGGGCUGAGUGGCAAAGGUUGGAGGAGGAACAGGAGCAAUACUAUGGAACUGAGAGUGAACCGUACAUAGUGACACUCCCUAACCAGGAGGAAACUCACCUGAUUGUGACGGUCAACCAGCGUUACAUCAUCGAGAAGGACCUCAACGGUCGGGUUGUUGAGAUGCUGGACCUCAAAUGUUUGGAGAAAAUUACACUUUCCCACAAUACCUUGCCACAGGAACAGGGAGAGGAGGAAGGAAGGGUGACGCCAAUGCUGAGAAUGAAGUUUGAUUAUGUGAGGAAAGACAGACGGGAGAGAACUUACAUCAUGGAAGAUAAUGAUAAUGCUGAGAGUUUCCAAGCUUUACUUCAACCUUGUCUGGAUGAAAAAAAGUUGGACAGAAAACUACAAGGCCUCCUGCAGUGUUUGAAGUGUUCUGCCCAGUUUGACAAGUCAGAAGCCACGCCUUCACAGCUUUCCUUACUGCAGACAUUGUCCAAGAACAACCCCACACAGGACAUCCCAGUAAAGUACGGUUGUCCUAAGUGUAAAAGUCAGUUGGUAGUUCAGAUGGACACUCGUGAGAAACCAUCCUCACACCAGACCACACCAGUAGGUUCCCUCUCCUCUGUGUCCAGCCUAAAUAACAUCAUGGGUGGAGCAAGCAACAAAAGGUCUCCACGGUCAAGAUCACCUGUGAAAGUGGGUAAUGGGUCCCCCCUACUAGGAGAGCCUCUGAUCAGUACAGCAGUGGUAGAUAUUGAUUCUCCUGUCAAACAAACCUUGUCACAGUUUGAACAUGACCUACAUUUCCACAGAGACAGAACAGAAGAUGUUAUUACUGGUUCUCCUGUUGCUAAAUCCACACCACUGAAAGACGAUUCUUCAGAACGGCGCAUUUCUUUGUCUGGCAAACCGUCUAAUGGCAACCUACAAGUUACAGAGGAACCAAAACCAGAACAUCCACUACCUUCCCUAGUUGUGAUGUCACGCUCCGAUGGCUUUUCCCGGACAGAACAAGAUCAGAGACUGCAUCGUAUGACGAAGUCCUCAUCCAAUGUGGCUAGCGGACAAAGUGUUACUACACCAACAGAGAAUAAAGCUUUCCAAAGGAACUGCUCUUGGUCGGAUGUUAACAAGGCACUUUCUAAUAAGACACAACAACACCGGACAUCAGUAGAUAGUGAUAUUACAAUCCUCACUAACACCAGUGAGAGUAGUGUAGCAGUCAUCUCUGAGUCAAGUAUUGAAACCAUCCCUGAUCCCAAGGUCAAGGUCGCAGACAAAGAUCAAGGUCAAGAACAGUUGGAGUGUGUGUUUAAGCAAGACUUACCCCUUCCUAUGUCAAGUAUUGCUCUUGCCUCUCUAGGGGCAGCGACAGAAGGUGUGGGUGCAACAAAGAAAGUCAAUUUAAAUGGCAUUGCUGAAGAGCAGGGGGAGAUAACCCCUAUUGGUUCUCCUCUGUCAACAAGUAUAUGUUCCAGUAUGGUUUCAAGUGUGUAUGAAAACUCACUUGUGACGGCUAGUGAGGAGGACUUAAAUGCAUUGGUGGAAAAUACAAAUGUGAUCAAUCAGAAAGCACCUAUGGCAAUGGAGGACAACAAUAAUGGAGAGAAUGACGUUAGCAUUUACGAUAACUCAUAUAAUAACGACAGCAUUUAUGACAACAAUGUAGACAAUGAACAUCGCACAUCUUCAACGCAGGAUACCAGCGAUGAAGUUGAUAAUAUAACAAAUGAAUUCCAUACAGCACUUACUAGCCAAAACCAAAGUGAGGGGCCUGAUCAGGAGAAUAGUGCAGAAGCGCAGACUACUCAUGGUACCAGUAACGGAAACCACAUGGAGACAUCAGAUGAAGGAGAGUCGUCUGGAUCAGUAUUAGCAACCAUGGAGGAUGUGGACUUCACCACUGUAGAUCACCGGCUCAAGCUGUUCCUGAUGAUGAAAAUACUAGAGGAUGGGGAGGAAUGUCAGUGUUCACUGCAGUGUGAUAUAGUACAAUACAUGUCCCCAGAACCUGUCAAAGGCCUCGUGGUUUUCACCACCUCCAAGAUCAUCAUACUGAAGAUACUGGAUGAAUACUCGAGCAGUGAUUCUGUGGACACGUCUCUGAGCUGUAUAGAAAAUCAACCAAUCACAGAGCUACAAUACAUUGACAUCGGUCUUGGUUACCAGACACUGCGUUUUGAGUUUGAUACAGAGUGUUCCAGCUACACCUUUAUCAUCAGGGACGAGAAAAGAUGCAAAAGUUACAUCAGCCUCAUAACAGGUAUUGUACAGAGUACAGCAUUCAGUCAUGGCAGUCGACUUGAGGGAAUAUCCAAAUACAAUGCUACGACAUUGGACAACCUACGGAGUACCAUUAUCACCUGUGAUUUGGAGGAGGGGGAGAUAAUUGAAGAAGAUGACAGCUAUGUAUUAGUGCGUUACUUGUCAUGUCAUCGUGCAGUUGAAUUGGAUGAGGAUGAUAUACGUCCAGUGGGUCUUGCGGUCACUGCAACUGAUCUUUGCAUGCUACAAGAAAACCACCAGUGGCCAAUCCCUAGACUUCAAGCGCCUCUAAGUGAUGAGGUCAAAGGCCAACAGUUCACCAUGCUGGACAAACAGAAGAUUAACUACAUAGCAACAGUGGAGAUGUGUGAGACGGACAACACCCAGCUAAGGUUCACAUUCUUCAGCGAGGAGUCGGGGGAGGAGACGUGCUGGCAGCUUGCCUUUCCUUCGACACACAGCGUACAGUCACUGGUCAGUGCCAUCAGAGAGCCGUGGGAGAGUGAGUUUGGUGUGGCACUAGAUGUUACACCGGUCUCCUUCACAGAAGACUAAACUGACAUGUGAUUCAUGUGGACGAUAGUAAUACAGAGUUAUAGCUGUUGUCAGAAGACUUUCCCCUGGUAUUUACUGUAAAGAUCUGGAGAGAAAUCUAGAUUAAUUUUGAAAAAUGAUACCAGGGCAAUAUGUCUUAUAAAUAAUAUUGUCCAUGUUUUUGUGUUAUUAAACAUGAAACAUUUUAAAAGUGCCAUAUGAAACCCAAAAAAUAUGGAAAGUACUCUUUUCUGAAAACUCAAAACUUUUAAGGAAAUCCAGAUCUCAUAGUAACCAUUUAUCACAUCAUUUUCAAAACCUUGACUGAACUAAGAAGUAGCUGUUAAAGAAAUUCUCAUUUUAUUUAACCUGUGAAUUGCACAUAUACUACUAACAUUUGAAUAGGCUUGACUUAAGAUAAGUUAUGAUAUCAAAGAUAGAAUCAUUGCUGCAAAACAGGUUGUCCUCAUGACUGGAAUACAUUGUGUAUGUGAAAAGCUUGAUAAUAUGGUGUUCCGUUGUGUGACUUCACUACAUACUAGUGUAUCAUGGCAAAUGUUGUGUUGUCAAAAAGUUCGAUCUUGUGGUCAGUUCAGAAGUCAACAAACAUCAUUCUAUAUAUUGCAGUACGUUUGCACGAGAUGAACCAAUGUGAGUCCAUCAACUAGAGUGAUAUAUGUGUAAUACAGUUAACUUUGCCUUAUUGUAGCUUACUGCUUUAGGUCUGUCAAAUUAUAAGAUGUAUUGUACAAACUAUGCGUAAUGCAAAACAGGAAAUAGUCACCUGCGUUGUCAUUUUCUUUUAUUUGUCCUUGAACAAGAGUUUGUAUUACACAUUCUGUCAAACAUUUGCAAGGUGGCUGAUCUAGGCGGAGCCUCUUUGAGGAGGGUGACUUCACAGUUACACAAAAGUGUGUCAAAUUGUAGAGAGGCAAAAAUACUACUACAAUGGACUUGUAUAUGUCUUUAAGUUGAAUGUAAUGAAACCAUCUCAAUGAUGUUUUUAUGGCUUGUUUAAUGUGAUAAUUCUUGUUUAAGCUUCCACAUGUCCACAUACUGCUAGUUACUGCUGCAAUAAACAGUCUUCUGUAGAUGGAACAUUCACAUUUUCAUAUUUUAAAACAUAAUAUUUUUCUUAAUUUGAUUUAUACGUUGACUGUGAAACUGUUUUUUUAGACUGGAUUUUGAUUUGAUUUUGUUCAUUUCAGGUAUAUUUUCUUGCCAAACUAACAUAAAUGUUAUAGUUGUAAUGACUGUGAUUUCAUGCCAUAUUUUUUCCAUUUAUUUCUACGUAUGUAAGCAAAUACAGUCCUUACCAGUGGUUUUAAACCUUUCCUGUACUAUUGCCACUCUAUGUACUUGUUUUAUAUCCGCAAUGCUAACCUUGUGAUUUAGAUAGAUAUAAGAAAUAUGUGUGCAAGCUUAUGUAUUUCUGUUAUAUAAUAGUCAUAUGUAUAGGAGUAUAUACUGUACAACAUAAAACUUGUGAUAUUCAUGGUUUUCGUGAUUACUGUGUAUUCGUGAAUAUUAAUUAGUACAACAGAUAGCUUAUAACUAUAAGGUACUGGAUCACAGAUAUGGGCAGACUGAGCAAAUUUAUAUCGACAAAGUAAUAUGAGGGUAUAAAACCCUGACAAAUGUUUUAAGUUAUGUUAUACAGUAUUAUGUACUAUCAUUACAGUGUCCGACAAGUAUUAAGGCCAAACAUAACUAUCUUGUGUUUCUGUUAUCAUCCUCAGAAAAAAUACGGUAGGUAGGUAGGUAGGCAUUUUUUUCUUUCUUUUGGAAACUAUUUUGACUAUGCUGAUAUAGAGCAGAUGUUCUGACUUUUAACAACACAUAUCACUAAAUGCCAAUAAAACCUUCAGGGUAGGCAGAAAAAUCUAGGGUAGGUAAGGUAAGCAGAAACACAAGAUGUUUUUAUUUGGCUAAAUCUCAAAGGAGGAUUAGGGGCAAUUAUGAUAAUACAGUUACUAUAUGAACAUUGGAGUGUAGCAUUACCUGUUACAAAGUAAAAGGAGUGUUUUAUGUGUCUUUUGGGGCUGCCACUUCUGUACUGUAAUUUGUGACAAUUUUCAUCAAUACCGGUUGCAUUCUGCGAUUGAAUCAUUUUAACUGAAAAAUAUGUUGAUUCAUCAAUUUCUGCAAAUGUGUUUGCUGUGAUUGUAACAGGUUUAAAAUUUCACAACCUGUGAGGUAAAUAAUUUUGUAAAAAUUGAAGAAUUCAAGAUCAAUACCGGUUCUAUGUAUCAUUUGCAUAAUAAUUGUGCAGUACAUUCAUACCUCAUCAAUUGCUUUGCUAUUGUAUAACACUUGUAGAUACGACUCAUGAUCACUAGUAGCCAUUUUAUUGACACUACAAAAUUGUUUCCAUUGUUAAAAAGUGCAUCCGUUUUAUCUUUAGGACUGAAGUUGGAUUUAAACCCAUGUUUGUUAUGAUGUGUUUUGAAAAUUAGAUUACAACACCUGAAGUAUUUGUUAUAUGUGUAUUAUUUCACAGGGAAAAUAUGCUAUGAUGUUGUCUUUCAAUGCUUAAGCAUUGCUGACCUCAAUUCUUUUCAGCUCUUAUAAUGAAUUUAUAAUCUAAAUUAUGAUAUUUGUGUGCGAGUUUUGUGUGGUUCAGUUAAUAGACAGAGGUAAAUACUUGUUCGAUUAUUUGUUAUUUUUAAAAAAUGCAUUCUGAUCACUUGAAACCUUCUGAAGUUUGUGGAACGAAGGGGGAAAUCUUUUAAAGGGUAUAUAUAUUUAUUAUCAAUCCAAACCUAAACAAGUUUGAGGAUCUCAAAGAUGAAAUUUCAACAGUACUUAUUUAUGGUUCAUGAUAUGUUAAAUUUUGAACUGUAAGUUAGAAGCAAUUUCCAUCAAAUCAUGAUCAGUAAGUGUCUGAAGACAAAAUGUUGUUCUAGCAUUAAUAUUAUUGAUGGUCAGAUCUGUUAAUGUGUAAUUAUAAAUUAUUAUUAAACUGACACUCUCUGAAUACUUAAUAGAUAAGUAAGAGGUGUAACAUUGCGUUGUAAGGGUUCUAUCAAGCGAAUAAGUGAUAGGUAUAUGCUGUAUUAAUCUAUUUAUAGAUCUUCUUUGCAUACAGUGAAAAAGUGUGUUCUGAAAUUCCUCAAAUGUAGUAAAAUGGCAAAUAUAUUAUGGGUGACAAAAUCUAUACAUUGAAAAAGUUACAGUCAAACAUCCAAAAAUAAUUAGAUAGGUGCAAUAAUUCACUAAUGCAUUAUUUAUAUUAAAACACAUGUCAAUUCUACUCGGUUCCUUAAGGCCUUAUUACACAGAAUAAAUCCUUAAGGCCUUACCACCAGGUAUAGAUCCCAAAGGCCUUAAAACCCAUUACACAAUGUAAUUUUCCCUACUUUUCUAUGUUAUGCAUACUUUAAACUUAUUUAUGUUUGGGAUAUGUAAUUAUUUUGUUUUACUGUGAUAUAUUUACUGUCUUGUCUUCAAAAGAUGGAAGAAUGUCUUUUAUUAAGUUUUGUCAGACCAGACAAGUGUUUGUAUGUGAAAGAUUUUAUACCCAUCAGACCAGACAAGUGCUUGUAUGUGAAAGUUUUUAUACCCAUCAGACCAGACAGGUGUUGGUAUGUGAAGGUUUAUAUACCCAUCAGACUAGACAGGUUUUUGUAUGUUAAGGUUUAUAUACCCAUCAUACCAGACAGGUGUUAAUGUAUGUGAAGGUUUAUAUACCCAUCAGACAAGACAGGUGUUGGUAUGUGAAGGUUUAUAUACCCAUCAGACCAGACAGGUGUUGGUAUGUGAAGGUUUAUAUACUCAUCAGACCAGACAGGUGUUGGUAUGUGAAGGUUUAUAUACCCAUCAGACCAGACAGGUGUUGGUAUGUGAAGGUUUAUAUACCCAUCAGACCAGACAGGUGUUGGUAUGUGAAGGUUUAUAUACCCAUCAUACCAGACAGGUGUUAAUGUAUGUGAAGGUUUAUAUACCCAUCAGACCAGACAGGUGUUUGCAUGUAAAGGUUUAUAAAUCUGUUGGACCAGACAGGUGUUUUUAUGUGAAGGUUUAUAAAUCUGUCAGACAAGACAGGUGUUUGUAUGUGAAGGUUUAUAAAUCUGUUAGACGAGACAGGUGUUUGUAUGUGAAGGUUUAUAAAUCUGUUAGACGAGCAGGUGUUUGGUGUAUGAAAUGGUACCUUAUGAGGACUAGUCAGACCAGAAGGGUAUGGUCAAGGCUACUUAUACCAGGUAUGGAUGUGAUAAUGUCUACAUUUUUGUAAUGCGAUGUUGAUAUGCUGUGUAUGUUAUAUGACCUAUUGAAGUUCAUGGACAAUAAGUUUUUCCUACAAGCGCUUUCACUCUUUUUACUGGUUCUUCAGGUAGUAAUUACAUAUAAGGAAAUACUAUUAUAUGCAUGUAUAUGCAUACCUAUUUAAAAUGCAUUCCAUGUUUAACCUAGAUUCAAUAAAUUCGUUUGACUCUCUAAGCAGGUUUAUUAGAAUCUCGGGAAAAUUGGAGAAUUGUUCAAAUAUCAUAUUUUGUUUGGUGUACUUUCCUGAAUGUCAAUACUGUAUUGAAACAACCUCAGAGUUAGAUAAUUAAUAACCGAUUCUUAUGACAGGUGUUAUUUAUAUAAUUGAGUUUUUCGUUGUCAUUUUUAAUGAAAUCUUUCAAAAUUGAUGGUCUCCCAGUAACUCAAGUUGUGCCUAGAACCAAACGAGUGCUAUAAUUAAGCAUGGUUGUAACAAAGCCCUAGAAAUGUUGGUCACUAUGGGCAAAUGUUGGUCACUAUGGGCAAAUGUUGGUCACUAUGGGCAAAUGUUGGUAUAAAAGUUUGAUACUCAUGCAUACAAGGUACAUGUUUUUCCUUGCUAAGGGCACACAAAUGUAAGUUUGCUUUAGACAAGAAUUUGCAUAUACAUGUACCAGUAAACAUGUUUCAGUGAACUGUGUAUUCAGUGUUGGGUUUAAUAAAGAAUCUAUCUUUGAUAUUUGAAGCAUGCUGAAUAUUGAUCAACUCAGAGGAAGCUUUGCACUCUCCAAUUCCAUUUUUGUUUUUUGUUAAUAUUUUCAUGUAUCAUGUCUUCGUCUAAUACUAGAAAAAUAUGAAUUAUUUCUUUGUUGCUGACAUUACAAAAAAUUGUAUUGUUGUUGGCCGAAACUAAUGGGCGCUAACACUGCCAUCUUACAACUAGGCAUUGUAUAUGGCUUUGUAUUAUUCAAAAUAUGACUUCAUAUGCAGUGAUAUUUGAUAUGAUGUAUGAAAUAUUUCUUUGUGUGCAAUAAAUACAUUGUUUUCAUAUUUCCAUGACAUAGAGUAUGCAUUGUGUUAUCAGCUUACAUUGUAGCCAGUACACUCUGAUUAUGCCCUUGAAUAAGAUACAAAGAGCUGAUGAAUGAGUGACAGUGUAUGGAAUGAAUAAGUUUCAGAGUUUACGAAUAAGUUACCAAUCAAGCUUGUGAAUAAGUUAUAUACUAAGCCUUUGUGUAAGUUACUGACAAGAGUUUUAGAGUUAAUGGAAUGAAAAAGUCCCCGAGUUUACAAAUAAGUACCCAAUGAAGCUUGUGAAUAAGUUAUAUAUUAAGCUUUUGUAUAAGUUACUGACAAAGCUUGUGAAUAAGUUAUAUACUAAGCUUUUGUGUAAGUUACUGACAAGAGUUUUAGAGUUCAUGGAAUGAAAAAGUCCCCGAGUUUACAAAUAAGUACCCAAUGAAGCUUGUGAAUAAGUUAUAUAUUAAGCUUUUGUAUAAGUUACUGACAAAGCUUGUGAAUAAGUUAUAUACUAAGCUUUUGUGUAAGUUACUGACAAAUUUACUAUAUAUAAGGAUUUCCGCUAUUAUACUAUUCGCAGAACAUGAAAUAUACCUCCUUUUUAUGCCAUGGUUAUAAUCUGUUGCAAUGCUCACUGCAAUGAUAAGUUCAGCAAAACAAAAAAAUAUAUAUAUAAAACAUACAGUCACAUGGAAGAUAAUCAUCAGAAGAUUAAACUUCAACAUGUUUACUUCCCAAUCACCAACAACACAUUGUGGUGAGGAAGGCCUUCAUUACAUGUAUAGACACAUAAUAGUUACAGAUAACUAUCUGUAAGUAGUGAAAUGUUAUAGAUGAAUUAUCACAUUACAUCAUAAAAAAAAACCACAGUAAACCAUUGUAUAUAAGUUAUGUACUACUACAGUUCUUCGUCAUCAUGUUUGGUAUAUUUGUGCUUAUGAAACAUUUAAACCUGCUCAUGUGAUCACCUCUAUUAAGAGACCACCUUUGUUUAGAGAUCAUUUUUAAUGUUUUACAUUGUGACAUUUCCUAUGGGAAAGGAAUUAAUAUUAGUUCUAAGCUUGUGUCAAUCCCUCGGACACUACAUGUAUAUAAUAACCUUUCCUCAUUAUUGAAUAAAAUACUGGUUAUAUAACAAUUCCAUAUUGAACAGAACCUGUAUUGAGAGACAGCUUAAUUGUGCUAAUACUAUUCUCUGGGUUGUGGGUUUGAAGCCCUCGUACUAGGGGCAGUCGACAGGUACUCGCCACAGGUCAGUGUUUCUUCUUCAGGAAGUUCAGCUUUCCUCCACCACCAAAACCUGGCACGUCCUUAUAUGACCAUAGCCCCUAAUAGGACGUUAAACACAGAUAAACACAAGGUCUCUCAAUACAAGUGAUAAGGUAUCGUAAGUAAUUUGACAGCUUAAAAGUUCAUCAAGACUUCAUCUGAUUAAGUCUUUGUAAAGAAUUAGAUACCAUAUGCUUCAGUGUUCAGGCGUAUAUGCUAUUGAUAUCCUCCAUGUGGCUUGCAAUAUUUGAUGAAUAAUAUAAUGUAAAAUUGGUGAUUAUUUUCUCAAUAACCUUCAAAGGUUAGGAUUCACUGUGUGCAUGAAUGGAAAUGGUGGCAAUUAUGACAUGUUUAACAACAGGUGGUUUAUCAUCUUAACAUCUUACAAAAUGUCCAAGUUCUAAUUGGGAUAAAAUAUAAACAUUAUUUGCAUUACAAUAAUUAUUAAACAACUAUCUUCCAACUUAUAUUAAUUGCUAUUGUUGGCCAAGAUGGAAGCAAGUAGAUGGUGUUAAUUUGGGAAAAACUAGAGUAUUUAGAGGAAACCCAUGUGGACAGGCAGGUGACCCCCGUAACCUUUCCAAAAACCCUGGCCGACUUUGUGAAAGAUGAAUGUGCUUUCUAUUUCACCACCUGACCAACCCAAGUAAAUCCGGUAACAUCACAGACAACGUCCAAAGUGAGGGUCAUCGAAAUUCAAGGAGAUGCCAGUCAUAAGUUCAAUAAUAAGCUAACAUCACAGACGUGCAAAGUGAGACUAGUUGACAUUCGCGGUGAGGCUAGUCAUAAGUUUGACAAUACCUUGUAUACUAACAUAACAAUCGGCUUCCAACUUGAGGCCAGUUGUAAGUAGAAAAAGUUCUUAAAUAUUGCAACAUAAUUGAUGUGGUCAACUUUAAUUGUGAAGCCCAUGAGUGUUUAUAAUGUAUGCCAGGAAUAUGUAUAACUUUAUAUUAUGUGAGUCUUCUUAGCUUUACUUAAAAGCAUGUUACCAUCCAGGUUGUUAUAUAAUGUUAUAUACGUACAGGUACGUGUAUGCCACAUGUUAUGGUGGAGCAAACAUUAAAUAAAAAAUGACGUUUUACAAUUUAUUUCAGAAGCCGAUGAGUCCUUACAUGUACAAUACAUGCCCAGAAUAUAAAUCAAAUUAUCUAAUGUGAGACUUAAUUCUACUUAAAAGCAUGUUAAAAAAUAUGUCAAGUUUGCAAUACAUUAUAUGGUAUACCUGGAAAUGUUCUCCACCGUUUAAUUUUCACCGUUUUCGCUUCUCCACCGUUUAAUUUUCACCGUUUUCGCUUUUGCAAUGAGGGCGAAUUUUUCAUGAUAGUUCACAACAUACAAUAUCUAGUUCUUACAUGUCAAGGGUGAAAUUAACACUGACAGAUGUGGAUUUUACCAAUGAAAGGCAAAUGUUUUCCAGUAUACAGUCAUUAAAAGUGUACCACCAUAAAGCUCAUGAUUUAACUCCAAAAGUGUUCAGUUCAUUUUUAUUUACUUUUAACAUUCCAUUGUGCCAGAUAGAACUUUUUUGUGUAAAUGAUAGUCAUCUUCUCUACCAAAGAAGCCCUAUUUUGUUUUUUUGGUAUAUAUAAUACAGUAGCAUCCCGAAGACCACCACAUUUAGUAAUGCAAGUUUAUUCAUUCAGCUUUUUAUAUACAACUAUGUAUUGUUCAAUACCAAGGAGACAAGGUUUUGGCCUGUUGUUCACACACAUAUAACUCAACCUGAAAACCUCAAAAUGUAGCCUUUUGACAAAUUACGUUAUGUUACAUCCCAUGAAAUCAUUUUGUAGCCUAGGCCUGUGACAGUAUAAUACAUUUGAUCUUCAGAAAGACCAGUGUAUGAAAUGGUGUAUCUUUAUGAAAUGAAUUUAUACUUAAAGUUUGUUCAAGAAGGAUAAUGAAAUUUCAGAUAUUUCUAAUCAUAUUUUGUUUAACGCAUUUACCCCUGAAAU